AUGUCAGGAUUUACUGGACCUACACUGCUGCCUGUGCCAGUGAAGGAGAUAAAAGAAGAAGAGUCUGAUGAUUUCCUUCAAGAGUAUCUGUCUACAGUUCAGAAGGAAAACCCUGGAGCGGAUCAUGUGUGCAAGACUGAAACAAACAUGUCAGACAUCAUGGACAUUAAAGAGGAGGAAGAGGCUGGUGUAAGAGAGCAUGGUCAGAACGACUCUUCUCCUACUGGUAAGAUACUCAUUAGUGUAGUAAAGGAGAUAAAAGAAGAAGAGUCUGAUGAUUUCCUUCAAGAGUAUCUGUCUACAGUUCAGAAGGACAACCCUGGAGCGGAUCAUGUGUGCAAGACUGAAACAAACAUGUCAGACAUCAUGGACAUUAAAGAAGAGGAAGAGGCUGAUAAGCCAUAUCAGUGUACUUACUGUGGAAAGACUUUUCGACAAACAUCUGCCCUCAAGAGACACCAGAGGAUCCAUACUGGUGAAGAGCCAUAUCAGUGUACUACAUGUGGGAAGAGUUUCAGGGACAGCAGUUCUCUUACUAAACAUCAGCGCACACAUACAGGAGAAAAGCCAUAUCGGUGCACUGACUGUGGAAUGGCUUUUAGUUUAAUGAGCAGUCUCAAGGCACACCAGAGUAUCCACACAGGAGAAAAGCCAUAUCAGUGCACUGACUGCGGAAAGGGUUUUAUGACUAAGAAUGAGAUCAUAACUCACCAGAGGACCCAUACUGGGGAAAAGCCAUAUAAGUGCACUGACUGUGGAAAGACUUUCCGACACACAUGUAGCCUCAAGACACACCAGAGGAUCCAUACUGGGGAAAAGCCAUAUCAGUGUACUACAUGUGGGAAGAGAUUCAGGGCGAGCAUUAAUCUCAUUAAACAUCAGCGCACACAUACAGGAGAAAAGCCAUAUCCGUGCACUGACUGCGGAAAGAGUUUUAGUCAAAUGACCAAUCUCAAGGCACACCAGAGAAUCCACACAGGAGAAAAGCCAUAUCAGUGCACUGACUGUGGAAGGGGUUUUAGUCAAAUGGACAGUCUCAAGAGACACCAGAUUGUCCACACAGGAGAAAAGCCGUAUCCGUGCACUGACUGUGGAAAGGCUUUUGGACAAAUGAGCCAUCUCAGGGAACACCAGAGUAUCCACACAGUAGAAAAGCCAAAUCAGUGCACUGACUGUGGAAAGGUUUUUAGACGAAUGAGCAGUCUCAAGGUACACCAGAGUAUCCAUACAGGAGAAAAGCCAUAUCUGUGCACCGACUGUGGAAAGGGUUUUAGAACUAAGCAAGAGGUCACCAUCCAUCAGCGCACACAUACAGGAGAAAAGCCAUAUCAGUGCACUGACUGUGGGAAGGGUUUUAGUCAAAUUGGCAAUCUCAAGGCACACCAGAGUAUCCAUACUGGGGAAAAGCCAUAUCCGUGCCCUACAUGUGGGAAAAGUUUCAGGACUAAGAAAGAGGUCACCAUCCAUCAGCGCACACACACAGGAGAAAAGCCAUAUCAGUGUGCUGACUGUGGAAAGGGUUUUAGUCAAAUGGGCAGUCUCAAGACACACCAGAGUAUCCAUACUGGGGAAAAGCCAUAUCCGUGCCCUACAUGUGGGAAAAGUUUCAGGACUAAGAAAGAGGUCACCAUCCAUCAGCGCACACAUACAGGAGAAAAACCAUAUCAGUGCACUACAUGUGGGAAAAGUUUUAGUCAUAGCAAAAAUCUCAAGAGACACCAGAUGAUCCAUAAAUCUUAG